AUGUAUGAAAGUUCAAGUGGAGACAUCAUAGGAACCAAGCUGACUCAACUGCUAGGACUCACAGGAGUGGCCGGGCAGGAUGUGGAGCUGCAGGUGAUCCAGCAUGACAAGUUCAUGUCAGUGGCCACAGGAGAGACGGCCACUCUGAACUGCUCCCUGACUUCUCUGAUUCCCGUGGGCCCUGUCAAGUGGUUCAGGGAGAGAAUGGGUGACCGGGGAGAGAUCUACAACUUUGGAGGCAAAGGCCACUACCCUCGAGUGACCAGUGCUUCAAAUGCAACCAAGAGAGACAACUUGGACUUUUCCAUCCGCAUCCGUGACAUGAACAAGGCCGACACGGGCCUCUACUACUGUGUGAAGUUCCAGAAGGGAAGCAUGGAAGAUAGGGAGUUCAAGUCUGGGCUAGGCACAUGGGUCAUUGUAAGUGCUAAGGGCGCUACUGUGACUUCCAGGGUAAAGGGAAAAAGAAGAACUUUUCAGAGUUGUUACAGCCUCUUCACCCACAUUGAUACUGGCUACCACUUUGGAAAGGGUAAAGACAAGAGAAAGAAGUGA